CUCGCGGGCCCUUGGGCCACCUCAUAACUCGCGUCCCACUGGGACCACAAUUCCCGGCAUUCGCGGGGCGGGGGCGGAGUCAGCCUCCCGGAAUCCUUGGUUCCGGCGUGCACUUCUGGAGACUUCAGGUACCGGCGUGCUCCGCGUACCGCUGUCCGCCCGCUCGCGUCCAGGGCGCCUCCUCUGUGCAGGGCGGGCGACGAGGCUUCCGAGGCGGAGCUGAUGGCUGCACUGAGGGCGGGGCGGGGUGCAGUCUGGAGCCUCCGGGGAUGGCGGGCUUUGGGGAGGGGUCGCUGGGGAAAGGGACCCCUGUUGACCCCUGACCUCCGGGCCUUGCUGACGUCAGGAACUCCUGACCCUCGGGCCCGAGUGACUUAUGGGACCCCCAGUUUCGGGGCCCGGUUGUCUGUGGGAGUCCCUGAACCACGAACAUGUCUGACGUCGGGGACUUCGGAUCCCCGAGCACGGCUGAUCGAGGGGACCCCAGAUCCCCGGAUCCGGGAAGACUCAGGGACCCCUGGAACCCGCCCGCGCGUGUGGCUGGCGGUGGCGCUGGGCGCUGGGGGGGCAGUGCUCUUGUUGUUGUGGGGCGGGGGUCGGGGUCCCCCGGCCGUCCUCGCCUCGGUCCCUGGCUCGCCGCCUCCCUCUCCCCGGAGCCAGUACAACUUCAUCGCGGACGUGGUGGAGAAGACGGCCCCUGCCGUGGUUUAUAUCGAGAUCUUGGGCCGGCACCCUUUUUCGGGCCGCGAAGUCCCUAUCUCGAAUGGCUCAGGAUUCGUGGUGGCUGCCGACGGGCUCAUCGUUACCAACGCUCAUGUGGUGGCUGAUCGGCGCCGAGUCCGUGUGAGGCUGCCUAGCGGCGAUACGUAUGAGGCCGUGGUCACAGCUGUGGAUCCCGUGGCAGAUAUCGCCACGCUGAGGAUUCAGACCAAGGAGCCUCUCCCCACACUGCCCCUGGGACGUUCAGCCGAUGUCCGGCAAGGGGAGUUUGUUGUUGCCAUGGGAAGUCCCUUUGCACUGCAGAACACGAUCACAUCCGGCAUUGUCAGCUCUGCUCAGCGUCCAGCCAGAGAUCUGGGCCUUCCCCAAACCAAUGUGGAAUACAUCCAGACUGAUGCAGCUAUUGAUUUUGGAAAUUCUGGCGGUCCCCUGGUUAACCUGGAUGGGGAGGUGAUUGGGGUGAAUACCAUGAAGGUCACAGCUGGAAUCUCCUUUGCCAUCCCUGCUGAUCGCCUUCGAGAGUUUCUGCAUCGUGGAGAAAAGAAGAAUUCCUGGUUUGGAACCAGUGGGUCCCAGCGCCGCUACAUUGGAGUGAUGAUGCUAACCCUGACUCCCAGCAUCCUUGCUGAACUACAGCUUCGAGAACCAAGCUUUCCUGAUGUUCAGCAUGGUGUGCUUAUCCAUAAAGUCAUCCUGGACUCCCCUGCACACCGGGCUGGUCUACGGCCUGGUGAUGUGAUCUUGGCCAUUGGGGAGCGGCUGGUACAAAAUGCUGAAGAUAUUUAUGAAGCCGUUCGAACCCAAUCCCAGCUGGCAGUGCGGAUCCGGCGGGGACCGGAAACAUUGACCUUAUAUGUGACCCCUGAAGUCACAGAAUGAAUGGAUCAGCAAGAGUAGGAGGCUCCUGCUCUGAUUUCUACCUUGCUUUCCUGGCUUGGGUUCUCAUGGCACCUGGAUGGAGGAUUAAAUGAACCAGUUGGGGGCAGGUCCCUCCAACUACCAGCACCAAUCCCUGGGCCCUGAGGAAUCACAAAAACACUUUUUAUAUAAAAUAAAAUUAUACCUAGCAA